GGCCGAUUAUGGGCGUUCCUUCCCUUGCAAGCUGUAGCGCACUGACAGACACUUUUUGGCGUAUCGAUGGCGACGGCCGCAUUUGCACCGCUGGAAGUGGAAACCACGGCAUCGUAAUCAGGUUGAGAGGAACAAGAUUGGCCUGAAAAUAAUAGGUUAUGGCCGAAUAUCCAGUUGUUUUCCGCUGUUCAGAAUGUACGAUUGAACAACCCAACCUGGAGCUCCUGGAAAGUCAUAUUUGGAGUCGCCAUCUCCAGAAUUUCCCGUUCAGCUGCGCGGUGUGUCGGUUUCCUGCCAUAGCUCAUAGUUCCUUGGCUGCGCAUUACAAACAAGCCCACUCUCCAGAUCAGCCCAUCGAGUUUCAAAGGAAGAUGCACGAUGAAGUGCGAUUACGAGAUAUCAUUGCAAACUCUAUAGUGGUGCCGGUUUAUGAGGAAGAUGAAAUCUACGAGCAGGAAACACAGCAGGUCCCUCAGAGCGAGCUCGAUCGUCGAGAUAUGGAUAUGAAAACGUUAGAAUCCCGUGCUGCAGAGUCGAAUGCUCCACCUGUUGUUGCUGCUGAAGUAGAGCAGCCCCUGGAAGUCAUCGACGUCGCGCAAAACGACGAAACCAUGCAAAUAUCCGUAGUGAAUGACAGUAACCCUUCAGUGGAAAUGCCAUUGUUAGAACAAGAUAUGUCUAUGGAAAACGGGAUGAUGGGUGAUUUGGAGAUGUAUGUUCAAGGGGAUGGACGAUAUCAAAAGGUCGGAAUGUACCAAAAUGAAGAUGCACUGGGUAUGACCGUAGUUGAAGACCAGGAAAUCAUAGAUGAGCAGCAUAUGUCAAGGGGUACGCAGAUGGUGCAUAUCGGCGAAGACGGUGCUACUUAUGAAAUUUAUGACGGUGAGGGUGACGGCGAACUUCUGGUUGAUGGUGCUCCUUAUGAAUUCCAGAAUGUUCAAGGCGAGAAUGUUUAUAUCGAGGAAACUUUACCUUCUGGGUCCAAAUCCGCUAGUGAUGUACGGAUGCGGCUAGCAAAACAACGGCAUAUUGACUUUGUCGUAAACAAAGUAGCCCGUAAAAGUAAUGGACGUUUGAAAAGACCGUUGACCAUUUACGAAUGCGAAGACUGUGGCAAGAUCAUUAGAUACCCAUCAAAAAUUGAAGAGCAUCGUAGAUCUCAUACGGGUGCGAAACCCCACCAGUGCCCUCACUGUGGUCAACGGUUUUCGCAGAAGGGCGGUUUGACUUGUCAUAUAAGAUUGCACACAGGUGAACGACCUUAUGUUUGCACUUGGGACUGUGGCAAGGCCUUCCAUUCAAAUUCGGCUUUGAAAAUGCACGAAAGGACUCACAACGGUGAAAGACCCUUUUCGUGUAGCAUAUGCGGAAAACUAUUUUCCAAACGCUCUCACUGCCAACGACAUGAAGUGAGUGUCCAUCCUCGCGAGUCGGCGCGACGUGCUGCACAGUUCGGUUUAGCUGCCGCUGGUGCAGAUGAACCGGUGUUGCGUGAUGUCGUUCAUGGUGUGAUCGAGGAAGUUCGUAUAGAAAAGUCUUUAAAAAGUGAACUGAAGUUAUAGUCAAACGGCAGUGGUGGUCCCAGGAUUUCCUAUCG